GAUUUGAUGGCUUUUGUGUGGUUAUAAUUUCCACAAGCGGUGGUGUUUUAUAUCGAAAUAUAUUUAAAUUGCCGCUUUUUGAACCACCUGAACCGCCCAAAUUGUCCCCAAGUUACUGAUAAACCUUCCGAGGAAAUGAUUGGUGCAAAAGUAUUUCGAUCUAGCUAAUUUGUGAAAUUAGAGUGACAUAAAACGGCGUGCUUAAAGGCAACAAAAAAUUGAUAGUCUGCUAUUGUGAUCGUUGCUGCACUCUUUGGCGAAAUACUGCGGACAACCAGUACCGUUCCGGCAAUGGAACCGGCAAGUGAAGUGGUCGGCUUAGCCAAUGAACUGGCACGAGCAGUUAAAAUCACCAUGGACCCGGCAGCUCCCCAGCAGGCACGAAUGGACGCCUACGUUGCCUGCGAACGGUUUAAGGAAGUUUCUCCUCUCUGUGCACAGGCAGGACUGUUUUUAGCGACGGAAAACUACCCUUCCAUUGUGCGUCAUUUUGGUCUACAGCUAAUGGAACAUACAGUCAAGUUCAAUUGGAACAACAUUUCUCAACAAGAAAAAAUUUUCAUCAAAGAAAACUCUAUGAAGAUGCUCUGUGCCGGUAUGGGUGAAGCGCAAGAUCAGAGCGUAUCGCACAUCAAGGAUGGUUUGUCGCGAAUCAUAGUUGAGAUGAUAAAACGUGAGUGGCCUCAGCAGUGGACUACAUUGCUGGCGGAACUCAGUGACGCUUGCUCGAAAGGUGUGACUCAAACCGAACUGGUGCUUCUGGUGUUUCUUCGCCUGGUGGAAGAUGUGGCAUUAUUGCAGACUAUCGAAAGUAAUCAACGACGAAAGGAUAUCUAUCAAGCGUUAACGGUAAACAUGUCGGAGAUUUUCGACUUUUUCCUAAGACUCAUAGAACUGCAUGUGGGAGAAUUUCGCAGCGCAACCUCAAUCGGCGCAAAGGACAAGGCAUUUGGACAUAGUCGAGUUGUGCAGGUCGCACUCCUAACAUUGACCGGUUUCGUCGAAUGGGUUUCUAUCAACCACAUUAUGGCCGCCAAUGGAAGACUGCUGCAGAUUAUGUGUAUAUUGUUGAUUGAUGAAGAAUUUCAACAGCCGGCAGCGGAAUGUUUGCUGCAGAUUGUAAAUCGAAAGGGACAAAUCAAGGACCGGAAGCCACUACUUCUACUGUUUGACGAAAUCACAGUUGGACACUAUUAUCGAGCGGCCAUGCAAACCGAACGCAUGGGUAGUGAGUCGUACUAUACGUUUCUAAAGAAGCUUAUUCAAUUUCUAAUAGGACUGGCCGGUCAGCUAACUGGUUUAUGGGGCAAAGAAGAUUGUCAAAUACCACGACAAAGUUUAGCAACAUUUUUAGAAACGGUCCUCGUUUUCACACGCCAUUCGAGCUUCACUCUUAAUCACUCAGCCGCUUUGAUAUGGAUGAGUCUGUUAAAACACGAACAACUCUCCCGUGAUGCCCUGUUGCUGGAGUACAUUCCGAAAGUAAUAGAACUGAUUGGUCCAAAGAUCAUUAAAGUUGGCUAUCCAACUUCAAGACCGACAGAAAUCAAUAUGCACCCGCAGACGUUCAUCAGUUUGGACUACGACGGAGAGGAGGAAUGGUUGAUUUUUUUCUCCCGUUGCCGUACAGAUUUAUUGGAAAUCUUUCGACAAGCUACAAUUGUUGCACCAUUAGUAACAUUUUCAUACUGUGAACAAUGGCUUAAUGCACGACUGCAGAAAUCACGUUCGGAACAAAACACCAGCUGCAGUGUGACCGAUCCGGUAUACCUAGAAUGGGAUGCGCUUGUAAACGUAUUGGAUGGAGUACUCUCACGAAUUCUGCUAGUUACCGAGCGUCCUUCAGUUGCCACUGGGCUUCGUCUUUUAGAGGAAUGCCUCAAAGUAGAAUCUACUGAUCCACUUAUUCUGUCGGUGCUCUUGUCCUGCAUUUCCGCUCUGUUCGUGUUUCUCAGCAUGUCCUCUUGCCAGAUAACAUCAGCCAAUUGUGUCGCUAUGUCCGGAGUUCAAUUGUUGCCACGAGUUUUGGAUAAAAUAUUUGCCGCAUUGGUUUUUACAGUACCCGGAGAAACUCGCCUUUCCAGAUCUAAGGCGGUGAAAAAUCAACGACGCCAUGCAGCGUCUCUUAUGGUCAAAAUAGCUCAUAAGUAUCCCUUGCUGCUGCUACCGAUCUUCGACCAAAUCAACACUAGCGUUCACAAUCUCAUUCGUCAGCAGGACCAACUUAGCAAUGUUGAACAAGUGACUCUGUUAGAAGCAUUGCUUCUUAUAUCCAAUCAUUUUUGCGAUUACGAGCGCCAAAGUAACUUCGUGGCUGAAAUUACUCGCGAUGGAGUGGCUCUCUGGAUGCAUUUAGCUCCCUUCAUAAAAAACGCACACACCUUUAUAGAUUUCGUCGGUCUGAAUAAACCUCCAGUGCAACCUGGUAGUAAUCUACCAGAUCCAUGCAAUAUCAAUCGGAGCCAGAUAGUGUACGCUCUCAAUUUGAUUCUCGGCGUAAUCAAGCGAUGCUCAUGGCCAGAUGAUCCAGACCGUUGCUCUCGGGGAGGUUUCGUUGUUGCGCUGACUGAAUCCGGUAAUCCUAUCUGCCGCAACCCGGCUACAUCGCACGUUGUUCCCCUGUUGCCACAUAUUCUCGCCCUGAUGCGAGUUCUUAACGAGCUGUGGAAACCGGAUGCCAUGGCUGCCCUCCAUGAGUACUUCAAAAGUGCCAACGGUAUGCAGGAUCACGAACGGAAGCAAUUGCUUGGUAUUUCGCCCGUCCUGCAGGAUCCACUGGAUCCGAGCGUCAAACAGCCGCCGACAGCCUACGAGCGAAUGCAAACGUUCCUUUCGCAAACCUUCGAACACUGCUAUCAUAUGUUGGGAGCGACCGGACCGUCUCUAGGUCGGGAUUUGUAUGCUCUUCCAGGCAUAGCCGAUGCGCUGAUUGGAAGUGUUUUCGCAAGCUUAGAAAAUGUUCCUGAUUUUCGUCUGCGCGUUCUGGUGCGUGUCUUUUUCAAGCCGUUCGUCUACUCCUGUGCUCCUGUUUUUCAUGAAACCGUUUUACUGUCCAUUUUUGCCCAUUUGGCCCCAUUCAUGCUUACAAGACUGACCGCCCGCUGGCAAUACAUCACCGGACUGUACGAGUCUGGCGAGCUCGGCGAAGACAUUAACGAUACGCAGGAAGUGCUCGAGGAUAUGCUGAAUCGCUCGAUGACACGAGAGUACAUCGACGUGCUGAAAGUUGCGCUAGUCGGCAGCACGGUAGAUCCGACUGCCACCAGUGUCAAUAACGAAGCCAGUAUGGACCAAGACGACCAGAGCAUGGAUGGACCACCACAGGCACUUACUAGGGCCGCCCAGUCGGCAAUGACGUCCGAAGUGAUCAGCGAUUUGGGUGGAAAGCUGCUGCGUAAUCAAUUCACCUGCACACCGAUCGUAAUGACGGUUUUGAGCGUGCUCUCGUGGAACGAUAGCAACUCAAGUCUCAAGGCAACAUUCCUCAGUGGUCCGGUUAUACGGUUUCUCGCUUCCGAGCAGUUGAUAACGGACACGUUGGCCUCCAACAUAAUAAUAGCGGUUUUGCAAGGGCUCCAAUUGCACGGUCAGCAUGAAGCCAAUCAGGCAUCGUUGAUAACGCUAGGCGUACAAGCGUACGAAAUUCUUCGACCUAAGUUUCCCAAUAUUCUCGAAGUACUGCAGCAGAUUCCCAACAUUAGCGCCGCCGACAUCCAGAAGCUGGAUGAGAAGAUUUCCAUCUCCGCUAGCACCAAGGGUAACAAAAUCGACAAGGCCAAAAAAGACCUGUUCAAGAAAAUCACCUCGCACAUCAUGGGUCGCAGCGUUGGUCAGCACGGCAAGAAGGAAGUUCGCAUUUUGAAUUUGCCGCCCAUUGUGCCACAAACGCCAGUGGCCGCUGGACGUAAUUCGUACAAUCUUAUUGAUGGCGGUCAAGAGACGGGCUUGGCUCAUCUAUUCGCCAGUCGGAGUUAGUUUUGUCCCCGUCAGUCACCUACUACUAGCUAACCUAUCAAAUAGGGCACUGUUGCUUAGAUUUUAAAAUUGUUAGGCUUUUUUUGUCAAUUUCCUCAGCAUCGUCCACUUUCGGUCCAAGUUUAAGUUUCUAAUCUGCUUAAGGCAAAUCAAACUGAUUGGAUGCUUGUUUAUUGUGCUUCUCAGUUUAUUUAAAAAAAUGUUUUAUUUAUUAUCUGUUGCUAUCGAGAAAGCAAAAUCUAAUUUCGAACAAUUGUAAAUGUCAACACGAGCAGCAUCUGUUUUCCAUAAGUUUUGUAUUUAUUAAUUUGAAAUUUGUUACAAAGUUAAGUUGGGUGUCUUGUGUAAACUGCACCGCAAUCAAAUUAUGAAACACAGAAUUUUAGGAUGAAGCCAUCGCAUCGUGUUAGAGAUUAUGGAUGAAUCGAUUUUGUAAACAAAAGGAUCAGUUAAGCGUUGGUAGUGUGGAUCGUAAGGUACGAGUGAAUUAGAAACGAAACCCAUGCAGUUUUUUAAAGCAUCGCUCUAGGAAGGCUAGCAAGAAUGUAUCGUAGUUAUUAUACAUCAUUGAAAGCAAACGGUGGUGCUCGUACGCCCGGGAAAUAAUGAAUAUGUAGGUGGAUCAUUGAUAAACUAAUAAUAAUCUCUAUUAUUAUCA